AUGGGAGAGUGGAGGGAGCGACAAGCCAAAGACCCAGACCUGGCCCUGCUACGCCAAUGGAAAGGGCAGCAGCAGACUCGACCAGAGGUGGGAAGCUGUCCCCCAGAUGGAACCCGGAACUCUAUGUCGUCGUGGCUCCGCUCCGCAAAGAACAUCCGGUCGGGACCAGGCCAGGAGCAGAUCCGCGGGACCAGGCCAGGAGCAGAUCCGCGGGACCAGGCCGGUGCGGAUCAGCGGGACCAGGCCAGGAGCAAAUGCGCGGGACCAGGCCGGUGGGGAUCAGCGGGACCAGGCCAGGAGCAGAUCCGCGGGACCAGGCCGGUGCAGAUCCGCGGGACCAGGCCGGUGCGGAUCAGCGGGACCAGGCCGGUGCGGAUCAGCGGGACCAGGCCUGGAGCGGAGCAGCGGGACCAGGCCGGUGCGGAUCAGCGGUACCAGGCCGGUGCGGAUCAUCGGGACCAGGCCAGGAGCGGAGCAGCGGGACCAGGCCCGGAGCGAAUCAGCAGGAACCAGUCUGCAGGGGCAGGAGACCCAGAAACGCCCAGACAAGCUAAGACGCCAAACCGAGGGCCCAGACCAGCGGGAGGCGGGGGACACGCGCAGUCUUCCAGAGACAGACUGUGGUCCAUUGUUUUAGCUCCAGACUUUAAUCUCCUUUUUUAA